UACACAUGAGGCGGCUGCCGAGGGCAGAGGGCCUCAACGCUGCAGUAAGAGUCAGCGGCUGCGCCUGGGACCGCCAGGCAAGGCCGGGAGGAGGCGCCGCUUUCGGUUACAGGUGCCCGCGCUGGGGCAACCACCGAACAUCGCUGAGUUGGAGGAGGAGAAAAAGGAGAAGGAAGAGGCCAGGCCGGGUCCCCGUCCCUCGCUCCCCGGAUGGAUGUGUCGGGCCCUGCGUCCCGGCGGGCUGCGGCGGCGGCGGCCACCAUGCUCCUGCGCACGGCUCGGGUCCCUCGCGAGUGCUGGUUCUUGCCCACGGCGCUGCUCUGCGCCUACGGCUUCUUCGCCAGCCUCAGGCCGUCCGAGCCCUUCCUCACUCCCUACCUGCUAGGGCCCGACAAGAACCUCACCGAGAAGGAGGUCUUCAAUGAAAUUUAUCCAGUAUGGACUUACUCUUACCUGGUGCUGCUGUUUCCUGUGUUCCUUGCCACAGAUUACCUCCGUUAUAAACCUGUUGUUUUGCUGCAAGGACUCAGCCUUAUCAUUACAUGGUUCAUGCUGCUCUAUGCCCAGGGAUUGCUGGCUAUUCAGUUCUUGGAAUUCUUCUAUGGCAUUGCCACAGCCACUGAAAUUGCUUAUUACUCUUAUAUCUACAGUGUAGUAGACCUGGGCAUGUACCAGAAAGUCACAAGUUACUGCCGAAGUGCCACCUUGGUGGGCUUCACAGUAGGCUCCAUCCUGGGGCAAAUUCUCAUUUCAGUGGGUGGCUGGUCCCUGUUCAGCCUGAACGUCAUCUCUCUUACCUGUGUUUCUGUGGCAUUUGCUGUGGCCUGGUUUUUGCCCAUGCCACAGAAGAGCCUUUUCUUUCACCAUGUUCCUUCUACCUGCCAAGCAGUGAAUGGCAUCAAGGUACAAAAUGGUGGCAUUGUUACUGGCACUCCAGCUUCUAAUCACCUUCCAGGUUGGGAGGACACUGAGUCAAAAAUCCCUCUAAAUAUGGAGGAGCCUCCCAUGGAGGAACUGGAAUCCAAGCCAGACCAUUUCCUUGUGCUCAAGUUACUAUGGAAUGAUUUCUUGAUGUGCUACUCCUCACGCCCUCUGCUCUGCUGGUCUGUAUGGUGGGCCCUCUCCACUUGUGGCUAUUUUCAAGUCGUGAACUAUGCACAGGGCCUGUGGGAGAAGGUGAUGCCUUCUCGCCAUGCUGCUAUCUAUAAUGGUGGAGUGGAAGCUGUUUCAGCCUUACUGGGUGCUGUUGCUGUUUUUGUGGUUGGUUAUAUAAAAAUAUCCUGGUCAACCUGGGGAGAAAUGACUCUGUCUCUGUUUUUUCUCCUGAUUGCUGCCACAGUGUUUAUCAUGGACACUGUGUGUAACAUUUGGGUGUGCUACGCAUCCUAUAUUGUCUUCAGAAUCAUCUACAUGUUACUCAUCACUAUAGCAACGUUCCAGAUUGCUGCAAACCUCAGUAUGGAGCGCUAUGCUCUAGUGUUUGGUGUCAAUACCUUCAUUGCUCUGGCCCUGCAGACUCUGCUUACUCUAAUUGUGGUAGAUGCCAGUGGCCUUGGCUUAGAAAUUACCACUCAGUUCCUGAUCUAUGCUGGUUAUUUUGCACUCAUCGCUGUGGUUUUCCUGGUUAAUGGUGCAGUCAGUAUUAUGAAGAAUUAUAGAAAGCAGGAAGAUCCAGAAUCAAGUUCUCAAGUAACCACUUCAUAAUCCACUGCUGAAGGGCUUCUUCUUAUAGCAAGAACUCUGCACAGCAACUGUGCCUGGAUGUAUUUAAUUUUUUAAAGUGUAAGCAUAUAUUUAUGAAUGUUCUUUUCAUGGCUUCAAAGCAGCCAUUUGACUAAUACCUUGUGUUCCUUGGAGUUACAUAAUGUUGUUCAAAGGAGUGAGAAGUGAAGUUCAUUCCGUGAAUUAUUUAUGAGAGCUAAUCAAAGAUGACUUUUUUCUGAUUCAGAAGUGAACUUGAUUUUGAAAACCAAGUAAUGAAGAGCAAUCAAGCAGCACAUGGUGUUGAAUACCUGAUUACCAACUGAGUUUGAUGCUUUACACUUGUGUAUCAUCUUGGCCAGAAGUUUGGCCUGGUAGGACCAGGGCUUCACAGGUACCACAGGAUGUUACAGGUCAGGUUGGAAAUAUGUUUUAACAAUGCCUGUUGCUGUUCAGUUUCAUUAUUUCUGUGUUUACCCAUGUGCAUUUGUGUGUGUGUGUUUUUUUUUUCACAGAUGAGAAUUGUUCCUAUCAUUGGCAAUAUUUGCUCUGUUCUGUCCUAUAAGCAGUAUGUGUCAUUUCCAAUUUUGAGUUAUUUUAAAAAAUUCAUUUUAAGAAUGUUCUCAGUACCCAUAUUAACAGUUAUGUAUUUGUAUAGAUUUUCUUUAGAGCCACAUUUGCAUUAUUCAUAUGCUUCCAGAGAAGCUCGUUUAGCUAGAAAAGAAGGCAAGUUUUGAAGUCUGCUAAGAAUCUAAAUGAAGAAACCUAAUCAGAAACUUUAUGGUAGGUCCAGUGCUUGCUUUUAGCUCUUCAGUAUGAAAGAUUAUUAAUUCCAUGAGGAAAAGUUAGUUUAUGGGCUAAGGAUACAACUAGCUCGUUUUGCAUUUCUUUUUAUUUUCAAAAUAAAAUGAAGAAAUUUUUGUUGUUGUUGUUUUUACAGCUUCAUCCCCAUUUAUCACUUUUAUAUUGCUUUGUCUUCCUUGUCCAAAGUAAGGAUGGCAUUAGGAGAUGGAUUAUUCCAAGGCCUUUUUCAGAAACUGAGCCUCUUUUUAAUUCUUUCAAGGAGCUAGAAUAGACUUGAUUCCUGGAUUUUGCACAUGAAAUCUGCCUUUUUUUUUUUUCCUAAGCGUGGCUUAUCUUGAAUAUUUGCUUAAAGUAAGAAUUGUUAAUGAUUCCAUUUCCAAGUUACUUGAAGAAAUAAUUAUUCUGUAUAUGUUUAAUUCUGAAGUCAGUCUACCAAGUAGCUGCUAGUCUAUGUGAGACAUGAAAACUAUUUUAAAUUUUUGAAAAGCCAACUUUGUUGCCUUAUUUUGAAAUGAAUCUCUAGGUAGGUGCUUUUAACUGGGUGUUAACUUUUUUAGAUUAACUCAAUUAAACAGUGUUAAUAAUGGUGUCAAGAUCACAAAAUUAACAUAUUCAUUUGGUUUAAGCAGGACUCCUAGAAGCAAAUGAAUGGAGUUAAUAAUAGGUCAUUUUCCAUUCACCUUCCUUUCCAAUUAUGGGGCAGAAAAGGAACACUACUAGCUAAGGAAGGGCAGGGGAAGUGAUGUCAUAAAUAGCUGUCAUGUAAAGCCUUCAACUUUAUAUUUUGUCCUAUUUUCUUUUCCUGUGUUUUGCUUUUGCCACAUAGGGAAUUGUUUUCUCAGAAACAAGUAGAAAAGUGGUGUUUGAGUGAUUGUAUUUAAUCUUCAUUUUUAAAAAUAAAAUUGACUGUGAUACAAUCAAAUUGCACAUUACCAAAGCAGCAUUUCCUGUAAUUUAAUUCGAAGUUUGUGACACACAACCUGAGCCUUUAUUUAAGAUAAGAAUAAGUUCACAUCUUGGUGUGUGGCCAUAUUUGUAGAAUAUUGAACCCAAUUUACAAAUUGUUACUGUAUGCAGUUUUGCAAAGAAGUGAACAUUAUUUGUUGUACUUUGCAUCAAUUCUGUAUAGGUUAUAAAAAUUAUUUUUAUUAAAUAAAGAUU